AUGGAAAAACCACAUGGGCCCCACCUGCAUCACUAUCUACUCUACUCAACUCAACCCUUUUUGACUAUCCAUCAUCACUGCGCGAACCGCACACAGAUAGAUGCAUACAAGCGAGAAAGUGAGGUAUGGAAUCGAACCCAUCGCUCUUACUCUCUCUCUUCAUCUUUUCUUCUCAGCAUUGGAGUUUGUGAUUGCAUUUUUCGAGGACGACGUGUUUUUUCUCGCGUUUUUGGGUUGUUCGCCUUGCGUUUUCAUUCUCCGCUGCGACGUCGUUUCGACGUCACCGACACUCCUUUCUUCUUCUCCAAGCUAUACCACCCUCCGUUUCCCUGCAUUUUCUGCUUCUUCCUCACCCAUCGUUUCUCCGGUAUGCUUUGA